AUGAAAAAUGUCAUCGAAGCAAUAAACCUCGUUCUGGUUGGAAAAUUCCCACCACAGCUUCUUAGCCCAAAAAGAAUCUUUGAAGCUAUGGAAACGUUUCUCAACAAGAAUCCGCAGUAUCGGAUUCCAAUAGAAACAGAAGAUCUGUAUAAUGAGGAGGCCUCCAAAUUAAUGAAGUUCAAGCAUAAGUUUUACAAGGAUAACCUAAUUCUGACACUUCGCCUACCUUUAGUGCAGUUACUUGAAUACAAUUUGUACAAACUUCAUCCUUAUCCGGUUCGUCAAAUUUUUGGAAAUAAUUCUAAAGGAUCCGCCUAUAUACAACCCCGAUCCGAUUAUCUGAUGAUGCCCUCAAAUCAUGAAUGGUACACGUUAGUUCAAGAGGACGAACUUAAGCAAUGUCAAGAUUUAAGGAAUCUCUAUAUAUGCAAACCCAACUUUGUAAUAUACGAAACAGCUAUCCAUCCUUCAUGUGAAGCUGAUUUGUUCGCAAAUUCAAGACUCGAUUCGUUCAGCAGGUGUGACAUCAGAUUGAGUAAAACUCAUUAUCUGUUCUGGAAAUCCUUAAAAGAAAUUAAGGGAUGGAUAUACUCCAUGCCUCAUCUAAGCUUGCUUCAAGUCUCACGUCAUGGAAGUUCCACUGAAUACAUAAAAAUAUCCGGUAUGCGAACUCUCACCCUUAGCCCUGGUUAUUCUGCAAGAAUCGGUUAUACUACCCUGUAUGGGUCAGAAGACUCAACGGCCCUACUACAACCUCAACCGAAGAUCGGGCUUAAUAUUACACAAUUAUUUCCUGAAAUUCACAAAUAUCGACCUCUCAGCUCGGUCAAUUACAACGACGACAGUCCAACGCCCGUAUCACUCAUCGAUUCCUAUGGAUUUCUUUCCUACGACUACACCUUAAAACAAAUAGAACAAGAAUUACAACUUAUCGAACCAAUUCGAACGCAUGAAGAUUUAUAA